ACCACUCCAGGUACUUGCCAACACUGCCUUAUAACACUACCGCGCGUGCAGGAAAAAACGUGCGUGUUUCUAUUUGUAUAAUUAUUCCUAAAUUCCUGGUAUUCCUGCUACCGAGACAUACCCCCCAACAAUGUGGCCGCGAUUUGGCAUCAAGAUUGGCAACAGCACGUUGUGCAUCGCCCACGUGCGCGCUGACGGAAAGGCCGAGGUGAUCGCCAACAAGCAGGGUGACCGUGUGUCUCAAGCCUGCCUGCUCUGGGACGGCGUCUCAGAGAUCGAGUGUGGUCUGACGGCCAAGCAGAAGAUGGCGACAAGGCCGCGACAGGCGGUGGCACACAGCUUCCAGCUCCUACAGCCCAAGGAGCAGAUUACCGAAGAAAAGCUGACGAGCGCGCUAAAGGAAAUCCCAUGUGACUUUGACAAGGAGGAGCUAGUGUUCCGCAUGGAGCACACUGUGCCGUCUGAAAAGGAGGACCAGGACGACCGGGUUGUGACCAAGGACCUUAGCGCAUAUCAGGUGACGGUGGAACUGCUCCGCGCCGAACUCGAGCUGGCCCACCAAUACCACACGGACGGAGAUCAAGCGCCCAUCGCGGUUCUAUCCAUACCCAGCUACUAUCCCGCCCCGGCCUUUAAACUGUUAGCAGAUGCCGCCCAAUCCGCUGGUUUCCAUGUGGCCCAGAUUAUUGCCGAACCCACGGCCGCUGUUUUGGGCUACCGGAUCGGCGAGGAACAGCCAGAGCAGCGCCGUCAUGUGCUCACUAUCAAGUGUGGCGGCCUGUACAGCGACUUUGUCUUCUAUGCCGUCCAGAACGGACUCUUUGUUCAGCUGGCCACUUUCGGACCCUUUCCUAUCGGUGGCCGCCAGUUCACCGAGGCCCUGGUGCAGUUUAUCUGCGAGGAGUUCCGCCGCAAGUACAAGCUGGAUCCGCACGAGUCGCGCCGCUCUUUAGCCAAGAUCCGCACUGCCGCCGCCAAUUGCAAACACAUCCUGACCACGCUGCCCUCCACGCAGCUGUACAUUGACUCGCUGAUGGACGGCGUUGACUUCAACGCUCAGAUGUCGCGCGCCCGUUUCGAAAGCCUUAUCCAGCCGGUGAUCAACAACCUCAUACAGCAGCUGGGCGAAUGUGUGGAGCAGGCGCAAAAGGAACAUACUGGCCUAAGUAUCAUUGACGACAUUGUGCUGUUGGGUGCCACCAUGCAGAUCCCUAAGCUACAGGCGGCGGUAGGAGCCCGCUUUCCCGACGCCAAGCUGCACAACAGUCACUUGGCGGACGAGGUGGUGGCCAUCGGCUGCGCGCUUCAGGCCGUGUGUCUGCUUGAUCCGCUCGAGCAGCAGCUGCAUAAGGAGGAUGACUGUGUAGUGGCCGAAGAUGAUUUGUACAUCUGGCAUGGAAACGAUGAGGCCAAUGCCAAGUUAGUCCUCGGCAGGGGCAGUGUUUUGCCGGCCAAGAUACGGAUAUCUUUGCCGCAAUCAAAUGAAGGACAGGGCGAUAAUGGAGAUGCUGCGGCGUCCUUCAAGCUGCGCGCCGGCGAGAGCGAGAUUUUGGCAAGCCUGCCCGAUAGCACGACGCCAGAGGAUGGACUCUACCAGCUGGAAGUGGAGGUGGAUAUCGACGACAAGGACAACCAAGGCAACGUGGUGCCUCUAGUGCGAUUGCGCUGCAUGUGAGAGCCGGACUUGGAUCCGGAGAAAAAGCGCCAUUGCCUAGUCUAUUUAUUGUUGCUAGCCUAAUGAUUAUAAUACAAAAACACAAAAUAAAGAUAAAGCUGCAAUUGACGAUCUA